AAUCACCGUGAGGCGGACUGGACCCCGCCCUCUGUUCUCUGCGUGUACUUGGAGCUGGAACAUUUUGUUAUAAGGCCAAAUUAGUUCCCACAGCUGGACAGCCUGUGGCACUGCGUUAGCGUUGUCAUUAUUAACAACGAAAAGCUACUUCUUGUUGACAGACUGGCGUUUAACCUCUCCGAACAACCAGGUAGACGUAAGGACGUCACACUUUAUUAGUUUAGAGUUAAAGUAAUGACAGAUAAACACAUUCUCCCUUCAUGCUUACUUUCAACAAAAAAGAAAUUAUGGAUAUUUGCGACGGGAAGAAAAGGAGAAAGGUAAGCGGCGGUGUGCGGGGCUGCAGGCGGAGCGUGGCCGGGAAGAUGAAGCGGGAGGCGGGCAAAAUCCUCCGCUCCCUCACGGUGGAGGACAACAACCACACAGAGCCCAUGGAGGAGGAGGACGACGACGACUGCUUCUCCAUCAGCUUUCUCCGGAGCGACCGGCUAGAGCCCGCCGUGGUGGUGUCCCCCCGGUACAGCCUGCUGCGGGAGGUGGGCCGGGGAAGCUACGGGGUGGUGUAUGAGGCUAUAGCCCGGAAAACAGGGGCUAGGUUGGCGGUGAAAAGGCUCCAAUGCGACGCCCCGGAAAAUGUAGAGCUAGCUCUGGCCGAGUUCUGGGCCCUGACGAGUCUGGAGAAUCGACACCAGAAUGUGGUCCAACUGGAGGAGUGUGUCCUGCAGAGGAACGGUCUGGCCCAGAAGAUGAGCCAUGGGAACAAGAGGUCCAAACAAUACCUGGGUCUGGUGGAGAUGUCACUCAAAGGGGAGCGCAUCCUGGGUUACCCAGCGGAGCCCUGCUACCUCUGGUUUGUCAUGGAGUUUUGCGAGGGUGGGGAUCUCAAUCAGUACAUAUUGUCUCGCCGGCCUGACCGCCAGACCAAUAGGAGCUUUAUGCGCCAGAUGACAAGUGCGGUGGCUUUCCUGCAUAAGAACAACAUUGUCCAUCGUGAUCUGAAGCCAGACAACAUCCUCAUCUCACAGAAAUCUGGUUCACCUGUUCUGAAAGUUGCUGACUUUGGCCUCAGUAAAGUUUGUGCUGGCCUGAACUCCAAGAACAGUGAAGAAUACCCAGCGGCGGGAGCGGGCAGCAGAGGCAGCAACCAGAACAACAUCGGCAACAUAAACAAGUUCUGGUUGUCGUCAGCUUGCGGUUCGGACUUCUACAUGGCCCCCGAGGUAUGGGAAGGCCACUACACAGCUAAGGCUGAUAUCUUCGCCCUGGGCAUCAUCAUCUGGGCAAUGAUUGAGCGGAUCACUUUCAUUGAUGCAGAGUCCAAACGUGAACUGCUGGGCACCUACAUCCGGCAGGGCUCAGAUAUUGUACCUGUUGGGGAAGCGCUUUUGGAGAACCCUAAGAUGGUUCUGCACAUCCCUCAGAAGGCCAGGAGCUCCAUGUCUGAGGGGGUGAAGAAACUCCUCCAGGACAUGCUUGCAGUCAACCCUCAGGACCGACCAGACGCCUUCCAGCUGGAGGUGCGGAUGGACCAAGUCACGUGUGCCUCGUGACAGCCCCCACCUUUCAAAUCCUUCUCCUUUUUCUACCCUAACCAGUCAAAGAAGGGACCUCUUUCCUUCCCAGCUUUGUUUACUACAUGGACGUGGACACCAAUUGAAAAAGGGACUCAGUGACAAACUGAGUGAACUGUGAAGAAUCCACAAUCAUAAUUUGAGCGGGAAGUGAUCAACUGGCUGAUGAUUCCAAAACCCUGAGACAGGAACAGUAUGCAAAUCAGACCACAACCGUGCACUUCCAGCACCAUCCAGUUUCAAUCACUGUCACCAUGGAGCUGAGGAUGUUUACUGGUGGAUAGUGGCAGUGUACCUGAGAGCGGACUGGAUGUGACAACAAGGUUUCAUGACAUUUAUGGUUUUCUAGUUGUUGAUUUUUGCUCCCAACAGCUCCAUUAUAGACCUGCUCUUCCUUAACAUUUGUAAUGUACUCGGCUGUGGCACAGGUUAGCCUACUGUACCAGUGUUCUAAAGUGAAAGCAUGGGCUACCCACUUUACUGAUGAUAAUAUAUGAAUGACCAUCAACAGGCAACACUACCAGUCUCAUUCCCACUCUGCCCCAUACAACCUUGUGCCUUAAAGACCAUUCACACCAAGUGCGAUUUUGUUUCAUGUAGAGUUUCUGUCUUCAGAAAUGCGCACUUGACCAAUUGAACCUUUUGCUUUUUGUUAUGUCACACCAUUCGAACAAUAUCCCAGGCUGCAAUAAUGUCAAGAAUGUAAUCAUUUUGAUGCCCCUCCUCUACCCCUGGGUACAACCAUGAAGCCGAAAUAUACAAAAUUUUAACUAAAAUGAUAUCGUCAUUACAGAUUUUGUACUGGUGUAUCACAUAAAGACGGUUGAUUUGCAAUCUGUGCCAUGUUUUGAAGGCAGAGACAGAGCAAAUGUGAUUAUUGACCGCUAAUGGUUUGUAUAUUGUUGUGAAAGUGUGUGACAGAAUUCGCACCAUAGAAGUAGCAGGCCUGUAUCAACUCCAUAGAAUACUGUGCAUUUGUAACCAAACAAUGUCCAGCAGGGAAUUCAAACUGGUAUUAUUGGACAUUAUUUCCUGUUGCAUCCAAAGAACAGCUGUAGGACAAGUAUAUAUCUGUCUCACCAUCACUGCGAAGUUUGGAUUAUAUUAACAUAUUUGCUAAAUUAACCAAAUUAACCAAGAAACAAUCAGAAUUUGGCAGACUAACUGGCUGUUUUUGAUGGAAGCCUUAUAUUUUUUUUUUAAGUUUGAUGCUUUGACAAUGACGUAAAUAGGUUGCUGUUGUUAAUUUUGCUCUGAAUAUUUUUUACCUUGAGGUUAAGCUUGGAAUUUUAGGACUCCUCACAAAUUGAAAUAACACUUAGAAUGCAGUUCAUGAUAUCAAGUCAUCAGCCAUCAAGGAUUACUGAGCACUGUUCUGUACUCUUUACGUUUUAAGGUUUCUGAUGGGUGUGAUGUGAAUUAUUGGGUAUCUGAUUUGGGGAUUCUUAAAGGGAAAUGUGAAGAUUUGCCAUCUGGGAAUAAUCCCCGAAAGCAGCCAGAAGAUACCCUCCUAACUGUCCCUAUCUUUCUUCCACUCUUUAUCAAAAUGCUUCAAACACCUUGCAGUGGUAUGUAAUGCUGAGUAAAAGCAGUGGUUGGUUGUAGUGUACUACAACCCCGAUACCUGGGGAAUGAGGAAAUCACAGCAGUGGUCUUGUGAUUAGAUUCAAGACAAUUGAUCAUUACAAGUGCACCCUUGCAUAUAAAUAUUAACUCACAAGACACAUGACUGGUCCACAGGUCUCAUUGAUGGCUUUAUUCAUAAAAAUGUGAGACAGUACUUGAUGGUGUUAAACAACUAGGAUUUCCAGGUAGAUACUAGUAAGAAUUAAAUACAAAGGUUCAAACACAGAAUAAUUCAAACAUAGAAAAAGAAAACGGAGGGUAGUUAAAGCAUCCAGUAGUGAGUCUGAGCAGCAGUUUAAAAAGGGUUUGUAUAUUCCAUGCUAAGAAAGACCUUCAUGCUCCAGCAUACAACAGAGGAAUGACCAAAGCCUCCUUUUGGUUUCAGAGCACUGUGUAGCAUGUAGCUUCAAUUCAGUGAUUCAGCAGUAGUAGUAGAUUUUGAAGCGUUUUGUAGUAUGGUCCUACCUCAUUCUCAGCACUUGGAAAGAUCUUAUUUACCUUGACUGUCUCAUUAGCAACCAUUUCUUAGUUUCUGAUACAAGUUUCUUUGAGUGGGAUAGAUUUUUACCUCAGACUUUGUCUCUUUUAUCUCGAUCCAAUCUCUGACAGACUUCUUUGUGUGGCGUUUUGCUUAGCUACAAGCAACACCUAGUUUUUUUUUUUUCUUUUAAUAAUGGAUCCAUAUAAACAUUUGUUUCUUAAUGGCUGCAUUACAGAACUAGUCCUGCCCCAUACCAAGACUACAAUUAUGUCGUUUGCAUUCAACAACCACAACUCCCAUUUGAACUAAAGCUAAAAAUGUUUUAAAGGACUGCCGUCAUAGCUUUCACCUGGAUACAUCCAACUGCCUCCCUGAUCUCUCUCUGAGAAUUCUUUUGUACAUUUAUAGUCUCAGUAUUGUACAAUCAGACAGUCUCUCCUUGAAGGCAUUAAUGGUGUUGCUCGGGAGUAGUUGUGUUAAGUUCAAACCCUGCCCUCUUUCACACCUCUGUACUCCAGGCCAAUUGUUGUGUGAUUGUUGGAAAGUAACAAAAUUGUCAGUUUGCUCACUUUCCAAUUCCAUCAGAAAGGGGAUUUCAGGAGACGUUGGCCAAUCCGACAACUUUGUUUGAAUCAUACUGAGGCCUUAACAGUGUGCUCAAUAAACAAAAAGCAAAUUUGAACUGAAUUGAAAGGUGCAAGUCAAUAAGACGUGGAUUUGCUGUAGGCAGUGCAAAUUUAGGUGAAAGUGCAUCCUCUUGAAUGUUUUAGAAAAAAUUGGCACUUAUCUAAGUUGUAGGACUCCUGAAUGUGUAGAGAUGGUACAAGCAAUUGCAAUUAAACCGCAACAACCUGCUUGUCUGUGUUUAAUGUGAAUACACUUUGACACUCAUGGGAGAUGUAGUUGUUAAAUGCUAACAUUGGUUUUGUUAAAGCAUAAAGGUGUUAAAUUUCGAUAUGAGACAUUUGUUUUUCACCUUUUUUCAACAUUGUAGCACAUACUGAUAGGAAACCUGUUUUUACCCUUUGGGUUGUUGAAUCGCUGACCUGCUCAGCAGAGUUCAAUGUCCAUGUUUCUUCAAGCAUUAAACCUAACAUGGUUAAAAGCCUGUAUUUGGCAUUGCUGUGGUUGAUGGUGCAUAAGCUAGCUGAGGAUCUUCACAACUAAAUCAUCACUACUAAAACGUGUUGUUCACUUGCCCUGCUGUCACUGUUCUUGUAUGAACCUUUUCAUUGAGUUCUCUUCAGACUUGUAAUGACUCCACUUGAAAACACUUUACACUAUGCAAAAUGUUCCACUGCCUCACUGUAUUCAUCGUACAGGGCCACCCCGUUUUGAAACAAUAUGUGUAAUAUCUUGAACUUUUUCUUUUAGUGCAUAUUUCCAGUGUGUACAGAAAUGUAUGUUUCAGAUGUUGUGUAAAAUAAAAAAAAUGUUUUUGUUAAUGAAGCUAACAGGAGCCAUUAGAUGUUUGAGAAAAGCAUCAUGUUUUUUGCUGUAUAUGUUUGACAACUUUUCUUGAAAUAAAUGAUCAAAACUA